AUGGCUUUAGGGUCUUACCUCAGUGUGACUUUACUUCUAUCAGUAUGGGCAAUUGCAACAUGUAAUCACAUUCCUGAAGCUGUUGAUCUCUCCUACACUGAUGAUAAAGUUCACUUUGAGGCUGUUGAUGAGACAGGUGUGUACCCCAUCACUGAGCAGUAUUCAGCUGAGUGUGGCUACACUGUCAGUGUCCUCCCUCUCCAGGGGCAUGUGGAGCUCAGAGCCUCUUACUUCAGCUGUCACACUGAUAACAAAGAUGAUGAAGAGUUCACAUUCAACUUCAACCUGAUUUUGAUUUAUGAGGGAUUAAAAGAGAUGUAUGCUUUGAACGAGACAUGUUCUCCCUCUCUCCCCUGGUCUCCCAGAGAGGUUACUUGUGAGGUCAACUAUAUGGAAGUGUCUGUGAAGAGUGAUGUUGCCUGUCCAACUGGGACAAAAAAAGAUGACUGGGAUGCUGCUGUGCAAACUGCCUAUACCUCAGCCACAUCAGAUUGGCAGGUGAUGUUCCAGAAAGGAGACCAGGAGCUGAUGCCCAUGAACAUCUCUGAAGCUCAUGAGCAGAACUACGCAUUUGACCUGACGGAUGGGAGACUUAUUUUUCGAACACCGUAUGGACAACCUGACUCAUUCAGCACUACGGUGAAUGGUGUGCCAGUAGAGGUGGUCCAUGCAACCCUGUUCUCCAAGCAAAGCUGGGUUGUCCUCAUGGUUGACCUGGUUGCAGCUUGCUCCGUGUAUGAAGGAUCAUACAAGAAUGGAUACAUGAUGUGGGAGACUCCUGAGGUGCUGCACCCACUGGUGUCUGGUCAACAUAACACUCAUGUCAACAUUGGAUUUGACGGUGAACUUGUGGAAGAGGCAGUUGCAGAGGAGAGAGGCUACAUUGUGGAGAAGCACAACAGCACAGUCUACAUUAGCAUCCCCUAUAAUGCUGAAGGAGGAUACAGGAAGACCUGUGUGAGUGGUGACCUCAAUGAGUACUUCAUCUUUAAUCUCUACUUGGAGCAAAUCUCAGUGGAUGAGGAUCAUAUAGACACCAGACUGCACUUUCACAGGACACUGGCCACACCCCUGCUGCCUCGCCCUGUUUUUACUGAAAACAAAACGGUAGUUGAGGAAAGUACAUUCACGGUCUACCUCGGAGAUGUCCCUGACGAUGUCGUGCUAGUUGCUGUUCAGCUCAACGGACAUGACUUUGCACUGCCCUUUACAAAUACAAGCACCUACACCAUCUCAAAAGUGGUUCAACCAAACAACACCCACAGCUACACUCUGAAGGUGCCUUUUGACAAUCCUGUCGUCAUACAGCAGUUCUCCAAAGAAAAUGCAGCUAUGCAGCAUCAGUUGACCAUCAACUACACACUGACUGUUCAGCCUGAAAAUGAUCCUUAUUACCACUUCACAUCAGUCACUGCAUUAACAGACGUCUCUCCUCCAACCUUCGACGCAGUCUGUUCUGAGUCUGGGAUCAGCUUUAGACUGGACCACCGACCUUCUGACUACUUGUGGGACAUCAGCAUUGGCUCGGACCUUUUGACACCAGAACUGGCAGAGCAACGUGGCUACAUCAUGAGCAAUGAUAGCCAGAGUCUGCUGCUUGAAGUACCGCUCUUCACUGAAGGCUAUGAGUACAAGGACUUCACUCUGAAGGGAUUCUUUGGCACUUUUGAGAUCCUUGUGCGGGAUCAUGACACAGCUGAGGUCCAGAGUUCUGCUGCCAAGACUUGUCCGUUCACAACUACUGAACUCAUUGUGUGUUCACCUGACGGGAGGAUGACUGUGGUGGCUCACUUGUCUCUGGUUGUCCCAAGUGGAGGGAUCCCUGCUAGAGUCAACCUCAUAGACAAAUACUGUGGACCCAAAGAGGCCGACAGCACCAGGGCACUCUUCUCUUUUCCAGUCAACGCUUGUGGAUCCAGAGUCAUGCUCAGCAAAGAGUACGUAACCUAUGAGAACGAAAUCUUCUUCAGCAAGAAGAUCCGUGCUGUGAAAAACAUGAAAAAUAUUAAUUCCUCUUGUUACAGGGUGACUAUGAAGUGUACAUAUCCUCUGGCUGGGCUCCAUCGCCUCUUCUCAGUGUACAGGUUUGAGUCUGACACUGCCGGUGUUGGCCGCAUUCUGCAUUCUGCACACUCAGGUGACGGUCCACAAAGUCCCACCAUGGAGCCCACCACAGGGCUUCAAACUCCACUGUCCACUACCAGACGCACCAGAAGACCGGUUUCUAUACGACCUGGGUAUUACCCUCCCGCUCAGUACAUCCAAGUAUCUAGCUUUCUAAAGAACAUCUCAAAGAAGGGUCAGUACUUCAGUUAA